AUGCGACCAACUCGUGGCGGCCUCGUCGCGACGGCGGCGCUGCUGCUGGUUCGAGCGACCAUGUCGUCGGCUGGCGGCGGCGGCGGCGCCUGCAAUGACACGGCCGGCGACGACGUCGUCCGGCGGCAGCCGCGCCAGGUCGCCCACGUGGACCACCUUGCGCUGCCGCACAGCGGUUCGACGACCGUGGCGACGGCGCUGCGGCGCGCGCUCGAGGCGCGGGCGAUCCGGGGCGCCGCGUCGUGCGCGAAAUGCUCCGCCGCGGCGUGCGGUGCCGACGCGCUGCUGCCGGUCCGCGCGACGCUCGUCUACCGCGCGGGCCACGCGCACUUCCCGCUCGCGGAGCGCCGCGCGCACAUCGCCUCGGACUGGGCCGACGGCGCCGUCUCCCGCGCGCGGGAGGCGUCCGGCGGCGCGCGCCAGGCGGAGCACGAGACGCGCAUGGGCCUCCGCGGGCCCUCGCCGCGCGUCGCGCGCCCGGGCGCCGUCGUCACGGUGCACGUGCUGCGGGAGCCGGCCGCCGUCGAGGGCCAGCUCGACAACGCGUCCGUCUACACGCUGCUGUGGGCGUCGGAGAUCAUCCACGACCACGCGGGCCGGCCGCCGCGGAAGGUCUUCGAUUUGACGAUGACGCGGCGCGUGACCUACCUCGCGGUGUUCAUACAGGUCUUCGUCCCCCUGGCUUUGAUCAUCGUCGAACAGAACCACAUGCGGCUGCCGUUCCUCUUCUGCCCCGCGGCGGCGGUCGCCGGGACGCGCGCGGACGCGCCGCCCUACGCGUUCAAGCGCGCCGUCUACGGCGCCUGCGUCUACGUGCUCGCCUGGCUCACGUGCCUGACGAACUUCGGGGCCGUGCAGUACGAGGAGGCCGCGUACCGGUUCUUCGCGCAGUUCCACCCGCCGCGGAAGGGCCGGCCGCCCGUGCCCGUGGACGCGCCGGACCCGGAGUGCUCGCGGUACGGCCUGUGCAUGCUCGUGAGCGCGGCGGUGCAGAUCCUGAGCUUCAAGCUCGUGCUCGUGACGCUGAUCUUCCUCUUCUUCACGCAGUCGGACCUCAUGGACAUCGUGCUGAAUUGCCUGGCGCUCCAGUUCAUAUUGGACGUCGACUCGACGAUCGUGACGCCCAUCCGGAACCGGGACCUCGUGGAGCGGGAGAUGAAGAAGUGGUUCGAGGACUUCGACUGGUACGGCGACGAGAUCAAGGCGUACCUCGAGCGCGACGCCGCGCGGCCCACGGUGACGUUCCCCGGCGUCGGCGACAUGCCGUGCAUCCGGCUGCUGCCUUUUCUGGUCGUGGACCACCGGGCGCCCGGGUUCGUCCGCGUGGAGCGGGCCUGGUUCGCGCGCCACUGGGCCAUCAAGCUCCUCACGUUCUUCGACGGGCUCAUGGUGCCCCUCGUGCUCUUCUUCAUGGUCGGCGUCGGCUUCUGCGCCGAGUUCGCGUGGCCCGGGGACGACGACGACUAG